UUGCAGACGACAAAAUAGGAAGUGCAUCCCGUCGUAAAAUUUCGCAUUUCGAUGAUAGUGUAAAAUGUUUCCGCAUCUUAGAUAUUCUCAAAAGUUAAGAAUCUGAAAGAGAAAUUUAUUUAUUUGUUGCAUUUGUAAAUAUAAUAAAGUUAACGUAAAAUAGUGUUUUUCUUAAAAAGAAAAGGACAUUUUUGUGCAAUAUUUUUACUGUUAAAUGUUUAAAGAUUUUAUUAAGUAAAGAGCAGGACUCUAUGAAAAAGUGAAUUUAUAGUAAAUUUUAAAAAUGAUGCUUGCCAAACUUUUUGCGUUUCUUUGCCUUGCCAUUAUUGUGGUAUUUUCAACUGAAGACGUUCCGCAGUUACACUUGGAUUUGCCGGCGGAUGAACGGAAGCAUUAUUUCGGCACUGAACUCAUAGAAGAAGUGCCUCAUUAUCAAUAUACAUCACCGCAGCCGGUUGACAGACGACGGAAAAGGCGGUCUGCUACUGAAGCAGACGACACAUUAGAAUAUAUUAUAGAAGCGUUCGGUGAAGUAAACCAUCUCAUUUUGGAGAAAAGUAAAGAUCUCAUUUCACCAGGUUGUAUUGUACAACAUUUAAAACAAAAUGGGUCACGUGAUGUUUACCCCUGUGCUGCCGAUGAAAUCAGCUGUUACUACACUGGGAGGAGCAGUAACUAUAGCAACUCAUGGGUGGCAGCAUCAGUUUGCGGGGGAUUUCAUGCGAUGAUUGGCUUACAGAAUCAAACUCUUGUAGUUCAACCAAUCAGAGAUCAUCACAAGUCACGCGCAAGACGUGAUACGUUGUUAAACAAUCCUCACAUCGUUUAUCAAUACCAAUCACGUGACAUGACUGGCUUUGAAGAUGCAGAUAAGGUCGUUACUUCAAACAAAGCCAGUCGUAGGCGCAGAAGCACCGCGAAGAAAUACGUGGAAACAACAGUUGUCGUAGACCCCUCGGCGUACAGGUUUCAUGGGAGUGGGACAGAAAAGAUGGUGAAAACUGUUUUGAACAUUGCCGCACAGAGGUUUCUGGAUCCCAGCCUUAAAGCAGAGCUUUAUUUCACUCUAACAAAGAUCAUGAUUUUGGAACACAAUGAGGCGGGGUUAACUAUAGAUGCGGAUUCAGGGGUAACACUCGAUAGUUUAUGUAACUGGCAGGCCGGUUGGAAUCCCACUCGGGACUCGAAUCCUCAACAUGCUGAUUAUGUUGCAUUGAUAACAAAGGUUGACCUAGAGCAUAACGGAAACACGGCAAAUACCGGAUUAGCAAGAAAGGGUAUGUGUGGCACUAAAACCCGUUGUUCUGUAAGCGAAGACUCCGGACUUGGGACGGGGAUUAUAAUGGCUCACGAAACUGGACAUGUACUCGGAAUGGAUCACGACUCGGUAGGGAACUCAUGUCCAAAUGGCAAGAAUAUCAUGUCGAGCAUGGCUUCACAAGGUCCAGAGGCUCUGAAAUGGUCAAGCUGCAGUGCGGAUGUGCCAAGUCUUUUUUCUUCAGCAUCGAGCUGUUUAAAUGACGCCCCAUCUUCCCAGGCGGAGAAGUUGUAUAGCUCCACAACUAAACCUGGAACUAUUUACACAGCUAAUCAACAGUGUAAACUAAUGGUUGGUGAUAAGGCGGAAGUGUGCGAAGGAAUUAAAGCCGACGGACAGGACGUUUGUGGGGCAAUUGUAUGUAGACCCAGUCACGAUUUUGGCACUAACGGAUGUACGAUUUAUUCUGCACCACGAAUGGACGGCACUGAUUGUGGAAAUAGAAAGUGGUGUAUUGGUGGAAAAUGUUUAGAUAUGGGUCCCGGCUCUCCUGGGCCGGUAAACGGCGGAUGGUCAGACUGGGAAACAACAUUUAGUCAGUGCUCAAGGUCAUGUGGAGGUGGGGUCAAGGUCAGACAACGUUUUUGUAAUAAUCCGGAACCGAUGUACGGAGGUCGCAAAUGUUCGGGAUCACCGACUAGGGCUGAAGUAUGUAACAUGCAGGAAUGCAGCACCUCCCAGCACGACUUCCAGGCUCAGCAGUGCUCCGCCACCGACGGAAAUCCGAUCGGAGGUCAUCGUUACCAUUGGAUACCGAACACUGACUCUAUAGGUGACGACAGUUGUAAAAUCAACUGUCAAGCAGAUGGGACAAACUAUUUCGCUAAAAGGGGAAUCAGUAAGGAUGGAACGCAGUGUAUAAUAGACACGCCAGCCUCAUUCACAAAAUGCGUGGCCGGAAGUUGUAAAGCAUUUGGGUGUGAUGGCCACAUGGAUUCUGCUCACAAGUAUGACCAGUGUGGUCUCUGCAAUGGUAAAGGAAACACGUGCAAAAAACUAUCCGGAACAUUUCAUGGCGGCAAAGCUAAAGUGUUUACAACGUUCGUUAAAAUACCUAAAGGAAGUACAGGGAUCACUAUAACACAAGGCAAUAUGUACUGUUACCUUAGUAUGGUGGUUGGAGGCAAACACUUGUUCACGGAAAGUACGCCACAUUUGUCCGGUGUAUAUAACAGAGAAGGAGUGAUAAUAAAAUACCAGUCUAAACCGGAAAGAAUUGAAAUUGUAGGCCCGAUUAGUACCGAUAUAGAAGCCCAGGUAUACCGCAAAUAUGAACCACCGUAUGUGGGCGUUGAUCCAGAUGUGUAUUACGAAUACCACAUACCGACCACCACACAAACUGUGACAUACUUAUGGAAAACAAAAAUUGGAGCUUGCACAAAGACCUGUGGAACAGGACAUCAGACGCCUAUCAUCACGUGCGAAAGCAGCGUGUCUGGGACAGUAGAUGACUUCAACUGUAAUAUACACGAUAAACCGGGGGAAACGAUACAUCCAUGCAACACCCACGCUUGUCCACCAAGGUGGAGGGCCACGCAAUGGGGUACAUGUAGCAAGUCAUGUGGUGGGGGAACUCGUCAAAGAACAGUCGAGUGCGUGGAGGAAAACAAUAAUGUAGAAAAGGUAUUAUCUGCAAGCCGAUGUCACGGUCAGGUAAAGCCCGGGAGGUCAUCAACUUGUAACACAGGCGCGUGUCCUGCCGUCUGGAAAACAGGGGCGUGGUCUGCAUGUUCGGAUUCAUGCGGUCAAGGUUUGAAGACUCGAGCAGUUAAAUGUUACACAAGUGCGAGCUCGAACUCCCCGAUAACUGACUCGAACUGCCUAGCUGGAGAUAAACCCGCUACACAAGAUUACUGCCUAGAAAAACCAUGUCGUACUGAUAUAAGUGGCGCUAGUUGUAAAGAUAAGGUCAACGAGUGCUUUAAAUCAUACGGAGACGCUGUAUGCACGGGCUCGUAUAAAUCAUGGGCACGAGACAAUUGUAUGAAGUCAUGCGGUGUCUGCGUUGAAAAUCCGAGCGAUUAUGAUCCUAACUGUAAGGAUGAGAUAGACAACUGUAACCAGUAUUCAGCAGGAUUCUGUACCAGCGGAUCAUAUGUAGCAUGGGCGAAAAAUCAUUGCAAGAAAUAUUGUGGAUAUUGCGAAUCAGGUACCACAACAAAAGCCCCAGCAGUGGACGCCAAUUGUCUGGAUACAGAAAACUGUGCCGGUUAUGGGAAAAGUGUUUGUACUGAGUAUGCGCCAUGGGCAAAGAGCCAUUGCAAAAAAUUCUGCAACUUAUGCGAGAUAUCAGCUACAAACUCCGGUUGCAAGGACCAGGAGGGCAACUGUGCGGGAUAUGGAAGCAGUAUGUGUACCGAGUACAAACCCUGGGCCAAAGCUCAUUGUCAGAAUUUCUGCGGACUUUGCAACGCCAGGAAAAAGCGUGACGUAGACGAGUCGGGACCGCCUCCCUUAAUAGGAGAACCAAAUGUUCGAGCUGAAGACAUGCUUACAAACGAACUUCUUGCAAUGGAGAAAGACGGUGUUUAUGAUGACGUAGAAAGUGACGACAUUUCCGAUGUGGAUGAGGAGGAAAAUAGAAUACCACAGCAACCUGUUUGUGGAACGGUUCGAACAGAGUCAAGAGGUUCAGUGGACCUUGUAGGAAAGCUGUUACCAGGCGUUCUGUGUGAACAAGUGAUCGUCUUACCUAUAGACAGCCGAGUACUUCUUAAAUUUACAGAUUUCAGUGUAAAUUGUGACAAUGGAGAUAAGUUGUUGGUGAAAGAUGUCGUGAAAAAUGAACAAAUGGCGCUCUGUAACUCUGUCGAGCGAAAUGAUUGGUUAGCGAGCGGUAAUAUUGUAGAGGUCAAGUUUAGACCGGCUGUCGAAGGUCACGGAGUUGCUUACACGUAUGAGGCGUUCCCACAAAACAAUACUAUUCCAGCGUGUAAUCAAGUGCUCACGUCUGCUGUCGGAGAAGUGUCGUCUGUAAAAUAUCCAACAGGUGCUAGACGUGAAGACGCUGCGUGUGAAAUUUAUAUCGUUGGAACUCCUGGGAAACAUAUUGAGAUGAUUUUCAAUGAAUUUGCAAUGUCAGUGGAUGGAAAUGAAUCAUGUUUGCACAUAAAAGAUAUAGAUGCAGACGAAGAAGAGGUUUUCUGUGGACAAUUGUCUCCCUUCAUGUGGGAGUCACGUGGUUCUGACGUCAGAAUUCAGUAUGAUCAGACUUCCGGUAAUGGCGGAUUUACUGCUUCGUACUCAGUGAAAGACAUAUAAAAUAUAAACUU